CAUACCUCUCAUGAUAGAAGGUUGCAAGUUUUUUGAAGAACUACUGAGAAGUCUCAGUAGAGGACGUGGUAUAGCUAAAAUAACCUGAGUUUUCAGAGUAAGGGAAGGCAACAGUUCAAGAUACUUCAUCAAAACUGACUCAAACCACCUUGUUUUAAAGAAGUAGAAAUCCAUGCUGUGAGUGCUUUUUUACUCUUCGCACUGAACUCAUCCUCCCCACCUACAGAAAUGAGCCCAAAACAACUGAUGAACUGGUCAGGGAUGCAACAUAGUUGUAGAUAACACAAUUACAACAACAACGAAUUGAGUAAGGCUCAUAGUAGCUCCUUUAAAGACAGCAAAAGAACAUACUGGCCUAUUUAGUGGAAAAAAGGUGGCUAAAGUGCCUAGGGGAAGGUAAAUAAUUGCUCAAAGCAACACUGAGAGUUUGCCUUAAAACAGCAGCAGCUGACCUUCUCCAAAAAGCUGCAGUUCCGCAGCAACUGUGCUAUAUGCAGAAAUAAAGAUUAAGUGCCUAGUGCAUACAGAGGUUAUGCUGGUAAAUCAGGAAUGUCUCCACUGGGAGUCUGACUGCUGGGAGGUGGGAUGAGAGCAAACUGCAUCCUGCGAUCAGCUUAAACAGAGAGGAAUCUCAGUACAUAAAAUAGUAAUUACAGGAUUAACAUCUGUUUUCUAUGAAGAAGCUUCAGUCUGUCCUACGGUGCUUGCAAAGGACAGGUAAGUUCUUUUUUCUCCUUCCUUCCACGUGUAUUUCCAUGGCAAGUUUCAAAGCACCCAAUACUGUACACUCUGCUGAACUCCUCAGCUGUAAAUGACAACUUCCACAGAAUUUCCCUAUCAUUCCUUUGGAGAAUCUUCAUGGCUACAGCCAUUUAUCAGCAGGCUGCAUUUAUUUUCUUAUGAAAUCCAGCCAAAUGCUACAGACAACAAAUUCCCCCUCUCUCUUCUGCAGCUCCCAAAAAGCCUUUUGGAGUUCAUAGGAUCAUACGUGUGGGUCUUAGAGUGUUGUAAUCAGGCAAUUGAGCUUUUCUCUUGACGUAGAAGAUGACCUCUGCUAGGUCUGUAAUUUAUUCACGUGACUUUUACUAACAGGUCCUACAGCACAAAGUUAUAUCCAGCUCUUCUCACGCUGCUGUUCCCAACUCCUGCAUUUAUUAACCAGAAAGCCUUCCAAAUGUUAUCUAGUAGCACAAAUUAAGCAGUUUUGUUCUGCGGAUCAUGUUCCUUAGCUUGCUCUUUCAUUUCCUCUCAUUCAACAUUAUCACAUUAUGUUCUCUCUUCUUAUGUGCUUUUCCUCUACACAAAGCUCUUUAAACAGCUGCAAAGGGGGAGGGACCACAAUGCUUAUGAAAACUCCACUUUGCAGAAUGCUUCUGCCAGGUCCUACUGUCUGUCUCUUUCCAGGGAUUUAAUACCUCCAAGAUUCAGGAUUGCUUUUACAUCUCUUGCUUGUGCAAACCUGACAACAGAGCCUACUGCCAGCUGUCUUAAUUGAAGAGCAGUAACCACCUCUUCCUGUUACUGCCAUGAGGAAUACGUACACUCUCUUUCUCUUUGUAGUGGGCUCCUUCUAUUUCAACGGAAGCACUGCAGCAGAUGCUGAGGAAAAGCUAAUGAACCACCUACUGAGUCCUGACAGGUACAACAAGUUAAUUCGCCCAGCUGUCAACUCAUCCCAGUUGGUAUCUAUAGAACUGCAGGUUUCCCUGGCACAGCUCAUCAGUGUGAAUGAACGAGAGCAGAUCAUGACUACAAAUGUCUGGUUAAACCAGGAGUGGAUUGAUUAUCGUUUGGCUUGGAAGCCUUCUGACUACGAAGGAAUAAAUAUGCUGAGAAUACCUGCAAAACAUAUCUGGCUGCCAGACAUUGUGCUUUACAAUAAUGCGGAUGGUACAUAUGAAGUUUCACUAUACACAAAUGCAAUUGUACAGAAUAAUGGAAGCAUUCGCUGGUUGCCUCCAGCAAUUUACAAGAGUGCCUGCAAGAUUGAGGUUAAGCAUUUCCCAUUUGAUCAACAAAACUGCACCUUAAAGUUCCGGUCUUGGACGUAUGAUCAUACAGAAAUUGAUAUGGUACUGAAAACUUCCAUGGCAAGCAUGGAUGACUUUACACCAAGUGGAGAAUGGGACAUUGUAGCACUCCCAGGAAGAAGAACUGUAAAUCCUUUGGAUCCCAAUUAUGUUGAUGUGACAUAUGACUUCAUUAUUAAAAGGAAACCUCUUUUUUAUACCAUCAAUCUUAUAAUUCCUUGUGUGCUAAUUACAUCCUUAGCCAUCCUGGUGUUCUACUUGCCUUCAGACUGUGGCGAAAAAAUGACCUUAUGCAUAUCUGUGUUGCUUGCUUUGACCGUGUUCUUAUUGCUGAUCUCCAAAAUUGUUCCUCCAACAUCUCUAGAUGUUCCACUGAUUGGGAAGUAUCUCAUGUUUACAAUGGUACUGGUGACCUUCUCGAUAGUUACUAGUGUCUGCGUACUCAAUGUCCACCACAGAUCUCCAAGUACUCACACCAUGCCUCCGUGGGUAAAGCUGGUUUUCCUUGAAAGACUCCCAGCCUAUCUGUUCAUGAAGCGUCCAGAAAAUAAUUCUCCACGGCAAAAGCCAUGCAACUGCAAGAAGACAAGAGCAGAGAAUCUUUGCAUGGACCAAGCUGACUUCUACAAGAACUCUACUUACUUUGUGAACACAGCCUCUGCAAAGAAGUACGACAUGAAAAUCACUGACACUCUUGACAAUGUCAGCAGCCAUCGAGAUUUUAGGUUAAGAACAGGCACAAAAUUUUCUCCUGAAGUCCAAGAAGCAAUUGAUGGAGUCAGCUUUAUAGCAGAGCACAUGAAAAGUGAUGACAACGACCAGAGUGUCAUUGAAGACUGGAAGUAUGUUGCCAUGGUAGUGGACAGGCUGUUUCUCUGGAUAUUUGUCCUUGUUUGUGUUCUGGGGACUGUUGGAUUAUUUCUGCAGCCGCUCUUUCAAAACCACAUUGCUGCCACGAACCCUUAGCUCUUAUCUCAAACUGUCAAUGCCCACACAGAUGCUGGGUCUCAUCAUGCUCUCAGCUUCCCUCUGCUAAAUCCAGAGAGAUGUCAGAAGAGUUGCUCUCCCAUCGGAUUUAUGGUAGGGACGUGGAAAGCAGCAACAUUAUUUUGAUAGGAAAAAAUAUAUUAAAAAAAAAGAAAUCAUUUUUCCCAAUGAGUUCAGUACUUCUGGUGAUCUCAUGGCUCUUUUUUCAACUCUCUGAAGCCAGAAUAUUAAAGAAAGACAUUUCCUGUAUAAUAUGCCAGCUUGGCUCACAAGGAUUAUUUAUUAAAAGGGUAUUUUAUAUACAUUGCCUCAGGAAAGCCAUUUUCUUUCCUUAGAACACUGCAGUUUCCUUACUACAAAGAAGGCAUUUAUUUCCUCAAAUGCAUCAAAAUGAUUUGUGUCUGAUUUAUACAGAGGUUGGUGGGUGGGAUCAUUGUUUAGCUGUGUUGAUUGUGAUAUUUAAGACUGAACUGAGAAACAGAGCCAUAUUUCUGGUUUCUCAUUGUGCUGUCCCUGCUAGUAGGUUAAUCAACAGGGGCCAAAUUAAUAUGUAAUAUUAACAUUUAUAUGCUCUGUUCAGUGACAAAAUGUAAAUAAAAUGCAAAAA